CCUUUUUUUUUUUUUCCUUUAAGUGAACGUCGCAAAUUUUUUUCAUUUUCGUUUUUUCGAUUUUUUUUUUUUUUUUUUUUGGUGGUGGGGGCACCGGGACCGGCCGCCGCUCGGGCGCCCCCGCCUCGCAGAGGACGCCCCCGCGCCCAUGGCCAGCGGCAGCCCCGCCAGGAUGUCCAGCGCCGCCGGGCAGCCGCCCUUCCUACAGCCGGCGUGCUUCUUCGCCGCCGCCGUGGCCGCCGCCGCCGCUGCCGCCCCUCCGGGGCCGCCGCCGGGGGCGCCGCCGCCGCAGCUGAGCCCGGCGGGCGGACAGCCCUCCCCGGGCGGCAAGCCCUCGGCGCCGCGGGCGGCCAAGCGGCAGCGCUCGGCCUCGCCGGAGCUGAUGCGCUGCAAGAGGCGGCUCAACUUCAGCGGGUUCGGGUACAGCCUGCCGCAGCAGCAGCCCGCGGCCGUGGCGCGGCGCAACGAGCGGGAGCGCAACCGCGUGAAGCUGGUGAACCUGGGCUUCGCCACGCUGCGGGAACACGUCCCGAACGGCGCCGCCAACAAGAAGAUGAGCAAGGUGGAGACGCUCCGCUCCGCCGUCGAGUACAUCCGCGCCCUGCAGCAGCUGCUCGACGAGCAUGACGCCGUCAGCGCUGCCUUCCAGGCCGGCGUCCUCUCGCCCACCAUCUCGCCCAGCUACUCCCACGACAUGAACUCCAUGGCGGGCUCUCCCGUCUCCUCCUACUCCUCCGACGAGGGCUCCUACGACCCGCUCAGCCCCGAGGAGCAGGAGCUGCUCGACUUCACCAGCUGGUUCUGAGCUCCGGCCGCCCCGGUGGCAGGACAGUUACAAAAGGGAAAAAAAAAAAAAACAAAGCAAAAAGGAGACAAACAAACCCAACACAAACACAGAUCGCACACAGAGAGACAGAAAUCCACCCAGAAAAAGAACCUGUUGCGUUUCCAGCUCCCCCGCCGUCGGAGGGCGGUGCGGGCACGUCUCUCGGCGGGCGGGCACAGCGCUGCGCGCCGCGGGGGAGGUCGGGGCGGCCGUCCCCGGAGCCCGACCGGCCUUUGCACUCCGUCGCACUGCCACGGACAGCGCCCCGGCGGAGAGGGUGUCCGACGGGGGAGCCCCGGGCCGCGGGAAGGGCGCUGCGCUCCUCGGCCGGCGGAGGAGCUCUUCUUCCUCCUCCUCCCCAGCAGAAAGGCGGCCCCCCCGCACCUCGCCGCCGCUGCGGCCCUUCAGAGACUGGCGUUCAUCACCUGUGGACAAAGUUAGUUUCCCGAUGUUUGUGGAGAUGCUGAAGUUAAGCUAUGCUGUACUCAAAGAAGUCCCUGGAGCUCCGUCUACCCCCCACCUCCCUGCGCCUCUCCCUCCCCUCGCUCCAAGCUUUUCCUCUCGUUUCCAUCAUAGAAUGCUUCCAAUCUUUUUUUUUUUUUGUGAAUUUUUUUAUGAUAAGAAAAUCUAUUUGUAUCUAUCCUAACCCGGUUGGGGAUAUAUUAAGCUAUUUUUGUACAUAAGAGAGAGAGAGAUUUAUAGAGGUUUUGUACAAAUGGUUUAAAAUGUGUAUAUCUUGAUACUUUUUUUAAUAUGUAAUGCUUAUUACCUCUUCAUGUUUAGACUUGUAGUCGACGUUACCUUACAACUGCCAUUUUUGUAUGUGGUUUUGUAAAGGACUUGGAUUUCCUCCAGAUGUACUUUAGCACCAACGUGUCUUACUUUAUAGAAACUUUGUUAAUGUAUUAAUAAUGUUAUUAAACAAUGUUCAAAGUGAACAAAGUUUAUGCAGCUAUUGUCCAAACGCAAAACGGUAGCCAUUUGUUUUUAUAUGCUGCCUUUUGAAAAAAAAAAAA